GUAAAAAUACCUAGCCAGUUUUACAUGAAACGUUAAAUGCCAAACGCUUAUUUCGGUACUUUUUUGAGAGCGCUCUGUUCUCUCAGUGUACACCAUCCAAUCAAGGAACCACGCUUUGAAUCGAUCUUGUGAACACCGAUUAUACCUCGGCAGUACCAUCAUCAUCAUCAUCUCUUAUUACACGAUAGUACCACCGGCGCGACGCAUUCUUUCUUCGCGCCUCAAGGUCAAUGCCGAACAGGUUCUUCAUUUCUUUCUUCAUCUUCCGCCUGUUUGUACCCACACUGGGUUCAAAAUGCUCGGUGAACAACCAAUCCGUUCAAAAAACUAUCGAAAGUGUGUUUUAUAGUGAAACUAGUGAAUAAAAAAACAAAAUGCAGUCGACGGCCGAUCUAGUGACCCAAUCCGCGGUGGACUUGACCGCCAAAUCCUUUAAACAAAUGACAACCAAGGAAAAAAUAGCCUACGUCAAGGAAGUGAUCACUGUGGAACCUUUAAUUGCUACUUAUAUCAUGUCCGCUAUACUUGUGAAGCCUGCUUUGACUGUUUUGGAGUUCGAGAAGGCUUGUAAGGCGAAUUUGGGGUUAAAUGAUACGAUUUGUGAUGGGAUAGUUGCUAGUGAACAGGAUAUUUAUCCUAGAGAAAAUGAAAAAAUCCAGAUUUUGAUUAGCAACGUUCAUUCCUGGCAGUAUCCGAUACAGAGUGUGAUGCCGUUAAUUUUAGUGCUGUUUUUAGGUUCGUACAGCGACCGACAUCAAUGGCGCAAACCCUUCCUUCUUCUACCCCUAAUCGGCGAACUUUUUGCAGUCCUAGGCUGUAUCCUAUCCGUCAUUUUCAUGUCAUCCUGGCCUCUAGAACUACACGGAGUCCUUCAAACGAUCAUCCCGUCGUUUUUCGGCGGCCAAACCAUGCUGGUCAUGGCCGUGUUCGCCUACAUCGCUGACGUCAGCAGUCUGGACAUGCGCACAUUGCGAAUAGGAGUAGUACAAAUAGUUAUGAACGCCUGUGUGCCUACAGUACAAUCUUUCAGUGCCGUACUUUACGUACGGAUUGGUUACAUUCCCUGUCUUUUAAUAGCGGGGUUUUUGUACUUGAUAGGAAUAAUAUACGGAGUGUUCUGGAUCAAGGAACCGAAAAGACCGAUCAAAGACAGUAAAAAAGGGCUGUUGGCUGAUAUUUUUGACACUAGACAUGCUGUGGAUACUUUUAAGCUGAUUUUAACGAAAAAUCCGAUGAACGAUCGAGUUUUUAUUGUGCUGCUUUUGUUGGGAUUGUUUGUGUACUCUUUGGUGAAUGUUGGAGAAGAAUCUGUGUUUUUUCUAUACACUCAGGCCUUUUUGAACUGGAAUAUAGUGGAGUAUAUUUCGUUUCUGACUGCCAAUACCCUUAUUCACUUAGUUGGAACAAUUAUAGCAGUGCCGUUAUUCACCAAAAUUCUAAAACUACACGAUUUGGUAAUACUAUUUCUAACGUUUUUGGACAAAAUUGUAUGUAACAUUAUUUUUGGUAUAGCCAAGGAUAGUGUACUUAUGUAUGUAGGUGCCGCUGUCAGUCUGAUCACCGGUGUGACAGCUAUAGGAAUACGCUCAUUAGCUACAAAAGUGGUUUCAGAGCAUGACCUCGGCAAGGCGCAGUCGCUGUUUGGUAUAGUCGAAGUUAUUGGCCCGGCAGUGGCAGCACCUGUAUACAACGCUGGGAUUUACACAAGAACCUAUGAUAGUCUACCUUCAGCCUACUUUUAUUUCAGUGCCAUAGUCUAUGCUGUUUACAUUUUAGUGAUUAUAUGGAUGUACAUCAGAGACAGACAAAAAUCCUCCAAAGAACAGAAAAAUAAAGAAAUUAAUGGUAAAGACAACCAGGCAGUUGUUAUAAACGAAAAACCAAUUCAGAUGGAAGAUAUACAAGUAACUCAUAUGUAAAUAUAAUUUUUAUUUGUUAUGGAAUUUUAUAAAUUAAAAAAAAACGAGUCACGAUGUAAUAUAAUAAUUAUUUGUACAUAUAAUAAUAAAAAACCGAAUUUUUCAUGUG